AUGGAACCAAAUACACCAGCUAUUGAUCCCAAGAAAGAGCGAUUGGCACGAUGGAAGCAAAAGAAGCAGCAGCAGGACAUGCUCAGACAGAAAAGUGGUGCAUCAUCGAAGUCAAGCCAUGAUCAAGCCGAAGAUGGGGAUGCCGCCAGAUCUACACAGCCUUUCGAAGGCUUGGAUAAGAUGGCAGAGAGGCGAAAACGGCUAGAACUUUGGAAGAAGAAGAAGAAAGAGCAAGAUGAGCAGAAAUGGAAGGGUGACGACGCCGGGCAGGAAAGCGCGACCGACAUCCCCGUGAAGGGGAAAGCGGCGCCUGCAGAAGAUGCGAAAGCGGUGCCGCGAGGCCGGAAGUCUCGCAAGGGCGCGGAUCCGGAGAAGCGGCAGAUUUGGGAUGACAGCGACGAUGAGCUGGAGGCGCCGAAAUUAAAGCUCUUUAAGCCGGGUUCUACAAUACAGACCGAGACCCCACCGGAUGAGGAUCCGGAAGAUACGCUGGAUACAUAUAUGAAUACUAUCCAGGAGAAGAAUGAGGUCCAACUUCUUGCGCCCCGUGAAGUUUUUGACCAGGAAGACGAUGAGACGACGGCGUUCGACUACAAUCGCACAGACAAUGGUACUGGCUCUGAAUUUAUGAGGUUGGCCAAACUCAAGGCAAAAAAACAGUUGAAGCCUGUCAUAUACAGCGCGGAUGAACUGAAGCCAUUUAUCAAGAACUUUUACCAGGAACCGGAGGAGAUAUCCAAACUAAGCGAGGAAGAAGUAGCAGACCUUCGUCUCAGCUUGGAUAACGUGCAAGUAAGAGGCAGAGACUGCCCCAGGCCCAUUUUGAAAUGGUCACAGCUCGGACUCAACUCCGGUAUCAUGAACCUGCUAACAAGGGAACUUGAGUUUACUGUACCGACACCCAUUCAGGCACAGGCGAUACCGGCUAUAAUGUCGGGGAGGGAUGUGAUUGGAAUAUCCAAGACUGGAUCGGGAAAGACGGUCUCGUUCAUUCUUCCGUUAUUACGACAGAUUAAGGCGCAACGCCCGUUGGGUGGUGAUGAAACCGGACCUCUCGGGUUGAUUUUGUCUCCGACCAGAGAACUAGCAUUACAGAUACACGAAGAAGUGACAAAGUUCACUUCAGGCGAUCCAAGCAUACGAUCCCUAUGUUGCACAGGCGGAUCGGAGCUAAAGAGGCAGAUAAAUGACAUAAAGCGCGGGGUGGAAAUAGUUAUCGCUACUCCGGGACGUUUUAUUGACCUUUUAAGUCUAAACUCUGGGAACUUGAUUAAUCCUAAACGCAUUGUUUUCGUGGUAAUGGACGAAGCCGAUAGACUUUUUGAUUUGGGGUUUGAACCGCAAGUGAACCAGAUUAUGAAAUGUAUUCGUCCUGAUAAGCAGUGUGUCUUGUUCAGUGCCACUUUCCCCAAUAAAUUAAAGAGCUUUGCGUCUAAGAUCCUUCAUGACCCUGUGUAUAUCACGGUGAACUCCAAAUCUCUGAUCAAUGAAAAUAUCGAGCAGAAGGUUGAGAUAUUCAGUAACGAAGAAGAUAAGUUUAAAUCACUGAUCCAUUGGCUAGCCCUCACCCAACAGAACUUGAACGAUGAAAAGACGAUUGUUUUUGUUUCGAGCCAGCAGAUCUGUGAUAUCUUGUACAACCGUCUAGAGGCGAAUGGUUUUACUACUUUUGCAAUACACGCGGGUAAAAUAUACACUGAAAGAGCGUGGAAUUUGAAGUGUUUCAAAGAAACCGCUAAUGGGAUACUAAUAUGCACAGAAGUUCUAUCGAGAGGUCUGAAUGUCCCUGAAGUUUCCCUAGUCAUUAUCUAUAAUGCUGCCAAGACAUUUGCCCAAUAUGUUCAUACCACAGGCCGUACAGCCAGAGGUUCGAAUAAGGGAACGGCGCUAACAUUAUUGAUGAAUACAGAGCUUGCAGCCUCUUACAUAUUAAUGAAAUCUAUGCGAGAUGAGGAGCUGAACAAACAUCAUGAUGCCACUGUUUCCACAUUGAAGCAAAUGAGCGAGAAGUUCAAUAAAGGACUGAAGACUGGAGAGUAUAGGCUAGUUAAGGGUUUUGGUGGUAAGGGCCUGGACCACUUAGGUAAAGUUUACGAAGAAAAGCAUACAGAGGAACGGAAUCAACUUGCACUUGAAGCAGGCUUAGCUGCAACGGAAGUAUCAGUCUCAGCCCCUGAUGGCGGACUCGGUGAUGAAUCAACUUCUGUUAGUAUUCCAAAAUUGGACUAUACUGUCAAGAAAAGAUCAAAUCCAGAUGGCACGUCAACCUAUUUCGCGCAUGUGCAAGUUAACGAUCUUCCACAGAUCGUCAGAUGGGAAGCAACAAAGUACACAACUCUUUCAUCAAUUAAGCACGAGACCGGUUGUAGCAUAACCAACAAGGGUCGCUACUAUCCCAGUGGUCAAGGCCCGCAAGGUCCUUCGGAUGAGCCAAGACUAUAUCUGUUGGUGGAGUCGGCGACGGACCAGGAUAUAUCGUUAGCCAUUGAUCUUCUGGAGUCGAAGGUCAGAGAUGGGGUGCGUAAAUCGAAUAUGCAAGAAAUUAGGUCCAAUAAAUAUACUAUAUAG